ACAGGCUUGGGUAGCAAGACGUAAUGAUCUUCGUGAAAACCCUCUCGGGUCAGACUUUGACCCUUGAAGAGGAUAAUGUCCCAGGAAUUAAAGCACGAAUUGAAGCACUUGAAGGAGUUAGUGUAGAGGACCAGCGAUUGGUUUUUGCCGGUCGUCAGCUGGAGGAUGACGAUGAAGUCGAGCCAUAUUCGACUCUUCAUCUGUCGCUCAGAUUACUCGGAGGUGCCAAGAAGAGAAAGAAGAAGGUCUACACCACUCCCAAAAAGAUCAAGCAUAAGAGAAAGAAGGUCAAGCUUGCUGUUCUGAAGUACUAUGAGGUCGAUGAGAACGGGAAAAUCAGACGUCUUCGUAAGGAAUGCCAGUCUCCCACUUGUGGAGGAGGAGUCUUCAUGGCUGCUCACGAGAACAGAUAUUACUGUGGACGGUGUCAUGAUACCCUUGUUGUUGAAGAACCUGUAGUUUCAUCUAAAGGAAAAGGUGGCAAGAAGAAGUAAUUGUUGUUGUUGAUAAAUUUUGUUAUAUUUCGAGUUGUGUUAGCAGCAGCAGAAUUCGUGUGAUGCUAUAUCAGAAAGUAUUCUCGUUUGCUAUCUCUGUACUACUGUAUAAAGCUCAAGAA